AUGGCUUCUGAUGAAAGUAAUAAAAUGAAAGGGACUUUUAAAAAUAAAUAUAAAGAUGAUAUGCAUCGUAUAUAUGAUGCACAUUUAACAAAUAUUGAAAAUGAUAAUACUGCAACAGACGAACGAAGACCGAAGAAAAAGAUAACUAUAGAGGUAGAUGAAGAUGAUCCAUGUCUUAAACAAGAAGAAAAAACACGUACAGAAACUUCGAUGCCUGGUGAUGAUCCAAGAUUUCAACAACAAAAUCAAACGUUACGUUGUUGGGUAAUGUACACUGAUUUCUAUCGUUGCAAACAUAUUUUAGGAGAGGAAACAAGUGCAUGUAAUUGGUUCAAACAAGUGUUCACGUCUAUAUGUCCAAAUCUUUGGAUUCAUCAUUGGGAUAAUCUUAGAGCUGAGGGUAAAUUUCCGUGGCAUAAGGGAAAAACUCAAGGAGAGUUUCCUGGUGAUAAAUACGGGGUUUAG